AUGACAAUUCCGCCCUUUACGGUACCCCAGACUUGGGCGACCCGAUCUGUCAUGGAUACAUUGGCGGAUCACAAUCCGACACUGAACGUCACUGCCAAUCCAGCACAUAUUGUGCCGACCAAUGCCGCUGAUCUGGCCGUUACCCAGAUCGUGCGAUGGCAGACUUUCAACCUGGAUUGUCUUCGUCAAGCUUACGGCGAUAUUCUCGACGAUUACCCCGUCCCAACUGUCGUUAGUCACCUUGGCCCUCACAUGGUCAACGGACUAAAUCAAUUCAAACAAGUAGUCAUAGACUACCUUUUCCCUCGCCUUACCCACCCUCUCCAAACCGGCGCAACCGUGCUCGGGGCCCGCCUCGGAGCUGGGCUACCUAAUGUGUCCCUCAAGAAGGAUACAAUUGUGGACUGGCCUCGUCGCUCUGGGCUAUCUCUCAUCUCCGAUGACGGAACCCAUUUUCUCGUCGGUUGUGUUUUGAUGGGGUCUCAGUGGGAUUCUGCAUGGCUCGAAAGAUCAUACGUCCUGGGAGAUGUGAGCCAACCGCUCCGGCGUGUAGCCGCCUAUUGCUUGGCUACAGACACCCGCUACGGGUUUGUUCUGACCCCCAAGGAGGUCGUUGUUGUCCGGGUGAGCGGUACAGCCUAUGACGCCCGUCAGCCUUGCCGCAUCGAGUGGCAGGCAGUCCCUUGGGAUGCAUCAGGGCCGGACACCCUCACGGUCAAUCUAUCUUUGUGGUUCAUCUCUAUGAUGAGUCUCAACCCGAACCAUCACGGGCUGUGCCCCCCCGGAGCGGCACCGAGUCUUAACCUCUGGUUGAGAUACCAAGAUCCGGCGGGCUCAAUUGCCUAUAAGCAUCACCUGUCUUUACGACAGGCGUUUUGCCUUCCUACUGGCGCCGAAGCUGAGGGCGCCCAUUAA